AUGCCGAGGGCGAGGAGGGCGAGGAGGACGGGCUCGGCGUACGUAGACGACGAGAGGGAGCGCGACAUCACCUUCUUCAAGCGGCGGAACGGGCUGUUCAAGGGCGCCAGCGACCUCUCCAUCCUCACCGGCGCGAGCGUCGCGGUGGUCCUGGAGGACCAGAACCGUGGUAAGUUCCACUCGCUCGGGACCCCGCUUGUGCAGACCGUCGUCGAUGCCGCGCUCUCUCGCGACAUGGAGCCGACGGAGCCGUUCGCCGGCGAGCAGCUGAAGGGGAGGCUCGUGCCGCUGGAGAGGGAGCUGGCGAGGCUGAAGGAUGUAGCUGCCAUCAAGGAGGAGGAGACGCGGGCGUCCAAAGCUCGGUACAAUGAGGCCAAGAAGGAGGAGGAGGACGACGAUGAGCGGGACGCGCUGUUGAAGAAGCUGUUCUUCUCCAAGCAGUACAACCUCAGCUUGGAUGAGAUGAACGAGCUGUACGAGCCACCGCCAUUUGUUGCUGAUCAGGCACCUCCACCUCCACCUCCAGCAGCAGGAGGGUCACUGUGGAUUCCUGAGCUGCCUCCACCUCCACCGGCGGGGUCGCCAUGGGCUCGUGUGUUGCCGUUGCAACCACCACGGUUUUCGGAGAUGGAGCCAAUUUUCCAUGCAUCACAGCAAGCACCGGCACAGGACAACACACAGCUUGCGCCACUGCCUCCUGUGGCGGCUCCAUUGCCGCAGCAUCCAUUUCUACUUUCUGAUCAUGCACCGGCUCUCGGUCCUGUGCCGGCAUCGGUGCCAUUGCAGAUGCCCGUGGAAGCUCACUUUCCACUGGAGUCUCCUUUGUUCCACUUCCACGAGACGUUUCUAGUGCCUGAGCAAGCACAGGGGCUUGCUCCUCUGCCGGCGCCAUUGCAGAUGCCCAUGGAAGCUCACAUGCCAAUGGAGGAUCCACUGUUCCAAGAACCAUUUCUAGUGCCUGAUCAAGCACCUGUGCUUUCUCCUCUGCCGAUGCCAUUGCAGAUGCCAGUGGAAGCUCACAUGCCACUGGAGGCUCCAUGGUUCCAAGAACCAAUCAUAGUGCCAGAUCAAGCGCCGAUGCUUUCUCCUCUACCGGCGCCAUUGCAGAUGCCUGUGGACGCUCACUUCCCGCUUGCAGCAGAAGCAGUUCAGCAGCAGACCCAAGGCUAUGAAAACUAUGACUUCAUGUUUGAUAAUGCGGGGCUCUCGCAGCCGCUGGUCGCCGGCGCCGGCAACGAUGGCGAUGCAGCUAUGGGCAACGACAACCCGUUGGGCUACCAACAGUGGGCCGCGUCUCCUCUCUAUGAUGGACAGAUCUACUUCGGCACCGGGGUUGAUGACAUGGGCAUUAUUGUUGGUGAUCACGGUGGUGUUCUUGAAGCUGAUAUGGUAGAGGGCGGGCAUGCGUCUUCCUCCGGCGGGGGAGACGACAUUGCUGGUGGUGCAUGGUUCUGA